UCCUUAGUAGUUGCCUUGGCUCCUGUGUGAGAGGCUAUCCAGGCUGUCCCUCUCAUUCUCUACUUCCUUCCUGCCCUCUCUCCUAGGUAUACCUCCAGCCUCAAGACAUGUCCUGCUACAGCCAAUGUGUGCCAUGUCAGCCAUGUGGCCCCACCCCUCUGGCCAGCAGCUGCAAUGAGCCCUGUGUCAGGCAGUGCCAGAACUCCACCAUCGUCAUCGAACCCUCUCCCGUGGUGGUGACCCUGCCCGGACCCAUCCUCAGCUCCUUCCCGCAGAACACUGUUGUGGGAUCGUCCACCUCUGCUGCUGUUGGCAGCAUCCUCAGCUCUGAGGGCGUGCCCAUCACCUCAGGGGGCUUUAACUUGUCUGGCUUCGGCAGCGGCUACUGUGGCAGAAGUUGCCUGCCCUGCUAAAGCCACUGGCCUUGGUCCUGGAGAAAUUCGUCCAGAAAUCACGAACGUGGAGCAAGA